AACCUGUGGGUUUUCCUGGGGUAGUGCACAUACACAGUACGUGGUGCUUCAGCCUGGUAGGCUGGGACAAAUUAAGUCUUUGCACAGUUUUAUUAGUUAAACGGCAGUAAAGCUUGCACCUCUGAUUACAAAGACCGGGAAGUCUUUUGGACUUAAAUAUUUGACAGCUCCAAAGUGAGCUUUUCCUCUAAAAAUCUGUAUUUUUAUACAAAGAAAAGAUUAAAUAGCUGAGGAACAUAAACCUGGUUUAAGGCUCCAGAAGGAUAAAAUUCAAAAGGAGAUGUCUCCUCCUUGGUCAUCCUGUGAGAACAUUGGUGCUGCUGUUCCCAAGUGAACAGGAGGACAAGCAAGAAGUAUUUCAAACAUUGUGGGACAUAGAAAAAACCAACUUUUUGUAUGUUUCAUGUUGAUCUUUUUCACUAAUAUGGAGGCAUCUCCUCGUUCCAUAUGGCAGACUCAUUUAAUGGUUACAGAGAAGGACUGUUCAUCGGGAACUGAGUGACAGGACAAGGGGGAACGGGUACAAACUGAAAGGAAAUUUACAUCAGGCAUGCGAAGGAGCUCCUUUGCUUGUGAGGGUGGCGAGGCUCUGGCACAGGUGUCCAGAGGAGCUGUGGCUGCCCGUGGAUCCCUGGCAGUGCCGCAGGCCAGGUUGGACGGGACUGGGAGCAGCCAGGGACAGCGGGAGGUGUCGCUGCCAUGGCAGGGGUGGCACUGCAGGGUCCCCGAGCUCCCGACACAAACCCCUCCAUGCUCCCCUCCGGCCCCAGGAGCGCAUGCGCGGCGCGGGGUCACCGCAUCUGCGCCAGCGGGGCGCGCAGGCGCACUGGGGGCAGAGCCGGGUUCACUUCCGGGGCUUGGAGCGGCUGCGGGAGCGGCACAUUCGGAGAGGCCGGGGCUGAGGGGCACGGCGGGACCAUGGCUCGCAACGCGGAGAAGGCCAUGACGGCCUUGGCAAGAUUCCGGCAAGCCCAGCUUGAGGAAGGAAAAGUCAAGGAGCGAAGGCCUUUUCUUGCAUCAGAGUGUAAUGAGCUGCCCAAAGCUGAGAAAUGGAGGAGACAGAUCAUUGGGGAGAUUUCCAAGAAAGUGGCACAGAUCCAAAACGCUGGAUUGGGUGAAUUCAGAAUUCGUGACCUGAAUGAUGAAAUAAACAAACUUCUGAGGGAGAAAGGACACUGGGAGUACAGAAUAAAGGAGCUGGGAGGUCCUGAUUAUGCUAGGAUUGGCCCAAAAAUGUUAGAUCAUGAAGGGAAAGAAGUGCCAGGAAACAGAGGCUACAAAUACUUUGGGGCUGCAAAGGAUUUGCCAGGAGUUAGAGAACUUUUUGAAAAGGAACUUAUAGCAGAAGCAGUGGAAAAAUGGAAGAUGGAGAGAGAAGCACGACUUGCAAGAGGUGAGGAGGAGGAGGAAGAAAACAUCUAUGCUGUCCAUGAGGAAGAGUCUGAUGAGGAAGGUGCCAAGGAGAGAGAAGGUGAAGAUGGCCAACAGAAAUUUAUUGCACAUGUUCCAGUGCCAACUCAACAGGAGAUUGAGGAAGCUCUUGUGCGAAGAAAGAAGAUGGAGCUGCUCCAGAAGUAUGCCAGUGAAACCCUCCUGGCACAGAGCGAGGAGGCAAAGACACUUCUAGGAUUGUAACAUCACACCAGUGUCCUGGCCUGUGUGUAAUCCCUCUGAAAGCAAAAGGUUCCUAAGUUCUGGUAGCAAUGUGUUUUAACUCUGAAAGUUCCUUUGGAUGUGGAGCAAACUGCUGGAAUUACAGUGUGGUGUGCAGAAGGAGAACCAUCAUUCUGGUUUCUCCACUAGGAUGACUUUUACUCCAGCGCUGGAAAAGGUCAAACCUUGGUGAACUUGUCUGCAUCUAACAGCUGUCUUCAGUAUUUUCAGUUUGGGAAAGGGUCUGUGCAGUGGGGCCUCUCCCAGAACCACUCCCAGUGAGCUCCUCAGUCCUGGGAAAAAACCCAUGGUGUUCCUGCCAUCCUGUCUGCUCUGUCCUGACUGUAAGUGUGAACAUCCUCUCAUGCUGGGUUUUGUUGAACUGAGAAGUAAUUUACACUAUUACACCUGCUUAGUUUACCAGAAUAACCUGGAACCUGUCUAGAGGUGGCUUGAAGGCAGAUCUUAUGAAUGACUUUGGAGGAGAUUUGUUUCUUUCUAAAACACAUGCAAUGUCUAAAACCUGUUACCCUUUUUGUGGUUUGUAAGUGUGCCUGGAUGAAUUGCUGGAUAUUCCAGCAGCUACUGUAAAAAACUUUGCUAUACCUUGUUCAAAUGUUUUUAUUAAAACUUAUUUACAACCUGG